AUGUCAGCCCAUUCCGAUGCCAGGUUCAUCAAGCGGCUUUAUGGCGACAAGUGGGGCUUUCUUGUUUUCGUCACCGUCGCAUCUGCCGACCCAGACCCAGCACACCCGGACGGGCAACAACUUCCCGAACGCGCCCGUUUGGCCGUGCAAAAAAUAAACGACUACAUCGCCCGCUAUCUCUACGGCCGCGACGAACCUUAUGAUGAACAGCUACUUGAACUCAUGGAUUGGACCGUCAUUCCUCUACCUGGCGCUGAUCAGGCCGCGAUCCGCGACGCAUUUCGCUCUCAUCUGACGGCCAUGAACGAAGGCCGCGAUCCAGACGAAGUGCAGAUCGGCCGCAUGUGCCUGGUCGUCGACGACGAGGUCGUUAACAGCGUCGAGCGUGGCCCUGAACCGGAUGACGACGAAGAGGAUGAGCUCGAGCACAACGUCUUUGUCAAAGUUCUGGACGUUGGCCAUCCCCCCGGCACAAGCGAGGUCGUUGCCGCGCGUGCAAGGGGGGACGAUCCAAGACACCAGAUCUGCUAUGAGGGUUGGAUCAAGUCAACCCCGCGAGCUCUCUUCCAACUGUACGAAUGGGGAACGCGUAAUGGCUGGAGCUAUGAACGCUUCUGUCCAGGUCCAUCGGAAAUUCAUGACUGGUAG